AUGCUGCACACCUCACCGGCGGCUCCCUAUGGCGCGCCAAGCACCUCAGCCGUUCGACCGCCGUCGGCUCCCCUCUCCGAUUCGUUGCUUCUUUCUCUUCGACGACGCCCGCACGCCCGUCUCUUCCGAGCUCUAUUCCAGUAUCUACCACUACGAGAUUCUCCAAAUGAGAAUCCCAGUCUCGAGUUGGCGCUUAAUCCAGGCGACAUGGUUUUUGUGAAGGGUGAAAUGGAUGAAGAUGGAUUUUAUCGGGGUGAAACAAUGGACGGUCGAACAGGAUUAGUGCCUUCAAACUACGUUGAAAGGGUGCCAGAUUUCUGGCUUCUACAAAACGCUACUCGAGCACCGUCACCAUCAUUUCCUCUCUCAAUUCCCACUCAUCAUUCCACCAUUGUACACGAUUUUUCUGAUCAAUCCCACGAAAUAGCAGCCACAUCAUGUGAUCUGAUCAACGAUUAUCGAGGACAUGAUGUUUAUGGUACAAGCUCAGGAAUGCCGGAUUCAGUGUGCCCAUAUCCGUCAAUUGAUGUCUCUUGUGUCACCGUGCAGGAAAUCAAAAGCGAAACGCCUCGGGUGCCUUGUCCACGGGAGAUUGCGAUCGAAAAGAAACUGUCAAGAUCUUUGGUUGUAGCGUGGUCACCGCCUGAAGAAUCGUUUGUGGCAAUCUCACAAUAUCAUGUUUGCGUUGAUGGACAAGUGAGAGCUGUUGUACCAGGAUCCUACAAAUGCCGAGCCUUGAUUGAAGACGUUUGCUUGGAUGGAUCGGUGAAUGUUUCAGUGAGAUCCGUCACCGAACAAGGACACUCACCUGAUGCAGCUUGUUCAAUAGCUGUUGGAACUGAGGCAGCUGUUGCACCACAACAUCUCCGAGUGUGGGCAGUGACUCCAAUCUCAGCAUGUGUUCGAUGGUAUCCCAGCAAUUCUAAUGCAGAACAUGUUAUCUCCUUAAAUGCGAUCAAAGUCGGUGUCUGUCCAUCAAGUGUUUACCAGGUGCAAUUGGGUGGUCUCUCGCCGUCAACGAUCUAUCGAGUAUCGGUGAGAACAAAACAUCCGAAAGCGGUUCUCGAGCAGCGACCCGUCGAGCGGUGUCUCGAUUUCAAAACAUUACCAAAAAUUGGUCUACCCGAUCCACCGGUGAACGUUUGUUGCGAAGCAGGACCUCAGCCAGGCACUUUGCUUGUCUCGUGGACACCUGUUCACACACAGCCUAAACCACCUUCACGAGCCGCUGUUCAAGCCUAUUUGAUCUACGCAGACGGAAAGAACAUCGCUCAAGUGCCUAGUGGAACUGCCGAUCACGUACUGCUGAGAUUGGCGGAUUUGUCCGACGAUCCACCAAUCUUCAUCACUGUUCGAACAAAAACACGAGAAGGAGCUGUGAGUGGAGACUCGAACGUCGCUCGAGUACCCCGAGUCAAUCAGUUACAAGCACUUGCUUCUGCUUUUGUUGAUCCAUUGCGCGGAGUUGUUCCCCAAAACGAUCUUUUAAAGUUACAAGACCCGUUGGAAGCUGCUCAAAUGGCCGCUUCGUAUCCAUCAUCUUCAUUUCCUGUUAUGCAACAUCAAUCCUCAUUGCCUUCUCAAUUGCCCGGAUAUCCACACGUGGGAACAUUAACGCGACAACAAGCGGUCGCACCAUGCUCCGCUCCCAUUUCUCUACAGGCGUCAAUCGUGGCCGGUCAACAAUCCCUUUCCUCACUGCCAGCUCUUUCUUUUGCUCAAUCACAGAUGCCGCACUAUCAUUCAAUAAAUCCCUAUCCCACAAGUUAUCUUCAGGGCUAUCCGCAAGCUUUGGCCUCUCAUGGACGCGUUCUCCCAGCUGCCGCUCCCACUGAAGGUGUCUCUCAGCCUCAUCAGUGGAAGGCUGCUGCAAUGAGUCAAUACUAUACAUUUCAUCCAAGACUUCUACGGGGAGAAGGAAUGCAGGAUGAUGUUCGUCCAAGUGUGAUGGAAAUGGAAUCAAAUUAUCUUUUGAGACAUCGACAGGGUGACUGGGCAAGUGGUGCGAGUGAUCUCCGCUUGAGAGCUGCUGCCUAUCCAAAUCGACAAAUGAGCGCUGAAGGGAGGACGCAUAGGCUAAUUCCACCACGCUUGGCUCGAGUGAAAAGCGAGAGUGGUUUUGGGACAAGGAGCGAACCUGAUUUGAGGCCGAUGCUUGAUGAAGAUUGCCGAUGGUUUGUUGCUCUUUUUGAUUACGAUCAUCACAUGUCGCCGAAUGCGAAUGCGGAAAAUGAAGAACUUUCCUUUAGAAAGCAUCAACUUAUCAAGGUUUACGGUGACGUGGAUUUGGAUGGCUUCUAUACGGGACAAAUUGGUGGUAGAACGGGGCUAGUACCGUCAAAUAUGGUAAUCGAAAUUGCAAAAGAUGACUUGUUACCAAGAAGAUUGAGUCCUGCUACUCGUGAAGCUAUACCAUCCGGAGCUGAGCCAGCAUUGAGAAGAAUGCGAUGGGGAUCACUAAAGAGUAGAAGCUACGAUCAUGCGGGUGAUCGAAGAGCAGCUGGUGGAUACAGUGGGAGAUCCGAUGUUUCUCAACACUACUCAAGUCUUGAUAGACGAGAUCACUCUUUGCCACCACGAGAGCGCUAUCGACGAUCAUCUGGAAGAGUGGAAUAUGGGAGAUAUGAUGGACGUUACAGAGAUCGAGAUGAUUGGAAGGACAGAGAAAGAGAUGAAAAGUAUCGAGAUGAAAUGGAACGAGAUGAGCACAGAGACAAAUACAGUCGUAGAAGUCGUGAGUAUUAUGAGAGACGAGAGGAUCGAUAUGGUGAUGAUAGGAGAAGAGAAGGACCACCACCACAUCACAAUGGAUAUCAAGAAACCGAUCAUAGAAGGGAUGACUUGCAUCACAUGGGCUCCGAAGAGCGUGGAUAUUAUGGCAAUGAGAUGGGAUCGAGUUACCCAGUGCCGAGCACUUUCCAACCACAACAACCUCAACAACAGCCUCAACAACAGCCUCAACAACAACAGCCACAACAAUCUUCAAUGGGAAUCGGAAUGCCACAGCUCAGUUCGGUUCCGGGCAUGAUGGGACAACAGUCUGGCUCUGCAUUGACUCAAAUGGGAAUGGGAAUGAUGUCUGGAUCUCAAAUACCAUCUCAAAUGAUUCCCACACAUCCACCACCAUUAAUGAGUCAAGGAUCGGCUUCUCAGCUUAUACAACCGAUGCAGCAGAUGAGUGUCUCUGGGAUGAGUGCUGGAGGAAAUGAGCUUGUUUCUGCACAACUUUUCGAUCCAAGUCGAUUAAACGGUCCGGCAACGAGAAGAAUGAUAGCUAAAUUUGAUUACGAUUCAAAGCAGCUGAGUCCAAACGUUGAUGCAGAACAAGUGGAGUUGUCUUUCCGACAAGGUGAAGUGAUCACUGUUUAUGGAGACAUGGAUGAGGACGGGUUCUACGUGGGAGAAUUGAAUGGUCAACGGGGUUUAGUUCCAAGCAACUUUUUACAAGGUAGUCCACUCACUUCACUAGCUCCAUCGCAACCAACAGAAAUGAUGGCUGCUAAGAAGGGUGUCGCUUUCUCGGAUGCGGCUUCAGUGGUGGCAAUGGCGAAGAAAUCGAUCCCGAAUCGAACAGCUCCAAGUGGUGCAACGGCUACCGUAUCAGCUGGAAAACCCGUGCAAAAGAAGAGCACUAGUGCGGCACCUGGUGGCACAAAGCCGUUGGCUAAGAAAUCCUCGGAUGUUUCUAGCGGGAAAUCGGGAGCUCCAGCUCGGAAAACGAGCACUGCCGUCAAGAAAGAUCCUCCAAAGAAGAAA